UGAGCUGUAGUGAGAGAGACUGUGGUGAAGUCCUGGUGUGUGUGUGCGCGCGCAGCUGAGUGGAAAUGAGCGCCGCUGCACCCACGUGGUUCGAUGGCGGAGACUCCGCACGCGCUUUUGUUCCAAAUCAAUCAAAAAGCGGAGGAAGACAGACAGAGCUGCUAAAUCAGGAAAUCCAUGGUUCCACACAGAGCGGUGUAAAUACCCAAGUCUAAUAGAGCAGCCUGUCGCGAAUUUAAGUCACGGUUACAUUCCUUAACUUAAAAUAUCCACGUUUGAGAAGCGAAGGAAAAGUUUUGAACCGAUUAUUUUCAGUGACUAUGCCACGCAAGAAGGUGACUGAUGUCUCUGGAAAUGGUGGUCUGAAGAGAAAGAGAGCCAGCGGCAAAAAGAAAGACCGAGACUUCAGCAGCGACGACGAGUUUGAAGAUUAUGAGCAGGAAAACACAAAGAAACCCGGCAAGCAAGCUACUAAAUCCGGCCUCCAGCCAGUCACAGUGUCUGACGACGUGAAGGAAAAGAUUAAACUUGAUGUGCCCAAGGUCAAAGGUCAGCUGCUUGUUUUUGGCGCUACUAACUGGGACCUGAUUGGCCGAAAAGAAGUCCCAAAGCAGCAAGCUGCAUACAGGAACCUGGGCCAGAAUCUGUGGGGUCCUCAUCGCUAUGGCUGUCUGAAUGACGUGAUGGUGAGCAGUGUGGUGUCAGGGCCUUGUGCUGCCCACAGCCUGCUCAUCACCACCGAAGGCAAACUCUGGAGCUGGGGUCGCAAUGAUAAGGGCCAGCUGGGCCACGGAGACACCAAGCGGUUGGACGCGCCAAAGCUGGUGGAGGGUUUGGAGGAGGAGGUGAUCGUGUCUGCUGCCUGCGGUCGGAACCACACCCUCGCUUUAACAGAAAAUGGUACCGUCUACUCAUUUGGAGAGAACAAGCUUGGGCAGCUUGGGCAGGGCAACCAGACAGACGCAGUCCUGAGCCCAGCUACAAUCUUGUACAACGGACAGCCUAUAGUUAAAGUGGCAUGUGGUGCUGAGUUCAGUAUGGUGGUGGACUGUAAGGGCAAUAUUUACUCUUUUGGGUGUCCAGAGUAUGGCCAGCUCGGACAUAACUCAGAUGGGAAAUUCAUAGCUCGAGCCCAGCGUAUCGAGUUUGACUGUGAGCUUAUCCCUCGACGAGUGGCCAUUUUCAUCGAAAAGACUAAGGAUGGCCAGGUGAUGCCUGUACCCAACGUUGUAGUGCGGGAUGUUGUGUGUGGUGCCAAUCACACUCUGGUACUAGACUCGCAGAAGCGUGUUUUCUCCUGGGGUUUUGGGGGCUAUGGACGUCUGGGCCACACCGAACAGAAGGAUGAGAUGGUCCCUCGUUUGGUCAAGCUCUUUGAUUUCCCUGGUCGUGGAGCCACCCAGAUAUACUGCGGAUACCAGUGUUCCUUUGCUGUCAGUGAAAUGGGUGGUCUGUUUUUCUGGGGAGUGACAAAUACAUCUCGUGAGUCCACCAUGUACCCAAAAGCUGUGCAAGACCUAUGUGGCUGGAAAAUCCGCAGUCUGGCCUGCGGGAAGAGCAGUAUAAUCAUUGCUGCUGAUGAGAGCACCAUCAGUUGGGGACCAUCACCUACCUUUGGAGAAUUGGGAUAUGGAGACAACAAGCCCAAAUCAUCCACCACAGCUCAGGAGGUCAAAACUCUGGAUGGAGUGUAUUCAGAACAGGUGGCGAUGGGCUACUCGCACUCGCUGGUUAUUGCCCGUCAGGAAACGGAUCAGGAGAAGGAGAAACUCAAGAAGCUGCCAGAGUACAAUCCACGCACACUGUGAUUCAACCAGGUCCUUUCAUCCUUGUCAUAUUCUGCAGGGGCUUCUGAUUUUUCCACACAGGCUUCCUCUGCUCAAUAGGUCAUCAAUAUAGUCACAGUUUGGUUGAGAUGCAAUUAUUAAUUUUUUUAAUUAUUAUUUUUUUUUUAGGACUUUAAUAUUACAAGUUGCAAGAUGUGUAUUAAAUCAGUUUGAACCUUGGGGCUUGUAAUAAGUGAUUUCAUCUGAGCUGGAAGUCCUUCACAAUGGCUUCAUGCACCUGUUUUAAUACUUGGUGUCUGGAGCUGAGGGGACCCUCGUAUAGCUCUCUCCAAGCACUUAAACGCCAUUUGGAUUUCUUCUAUUCCUCACUUAUACAUUCCUAAAGGAAGUUCAAAAUGUUUUUUUGGUUUUUUUUUCCCAUUAAGUUGGCUGGGAAGAACUGUUGUGUGUUUGUGUCUGCUCUCUCCAAAUAAUUUGGUGCUAAAUCAUUUUGAGGCAGACUGUUUCAGCUGAUGACAUUAGCUGGCAUUACUGAAAAGACCAACACUCCAUGCGUGUGCCUUUUUACAGUUUUUCUUGAUCGCUUCGAUGCAGUUCGCAUAUCAGAAAUGUCAUUCUUGCUACUCUUAAUGCAGUUCUCAGCACUAACUGACCUGUACAAAACCACUAAAACAGUUGAAACCUUGUUCACAGAUGUUGAAACAUGUAAAGUUAAUAAACUUCAACAUUGUCACUAGUGAAUAACACCCUUUCAGCAGUGCUUUGAGUUAAACACCAUCUUACUGACUUUAGAAAAAGAGUACUACAAAAAAUGUAAUGUAGAGUAAAAGUUCAGACAAAAAAUGAAAUUCGUACAAUUACACUAACGUUAUGCGUUGGAAAAUAAAAAUAUGCAAUAGAACUUGGAACAUGCCACCAAUUAUAGUACAGUAAAUUUACACUACAUAUGCAUCUGUAUAAAUCAAAAAUUGCUAUACAGUGCAAAAUUAGAAAUCCCACAAGCAACAUCCAGUGUCUCCUCUCUGAGGCCACAUUGUCAUGUCAACGUCACACCUCCUCAUUUCUUCCUUGCUGAGCCACGGGAAAAAUAUUUUGGCAUGCUGCACCCAGCCCCCACAAGCCUCAGCUGUGAUGUCCCGGUAGCUGACAGCCAUUGCCUCUGAUAAUGAUAUCCGAUUAUGGGGCUGGUGAUCAUACACCCUCCUGUCUCCGAGCAGAGAAGUCAUCCUCGGUUGAGGAAUGGUGAAUAAGGUGACAGGAACACCAUUAUCGUGUGCUGGUGGGUUUCAAACCAUUCCCUCACAUGGAGUGGUGAAAACUUGCACAUUGUCAAAAAUCACCACGUGAUCUGCUAUGUUGGCCCUCAAACCCAUCUUUCAAUCUCUGGAAAGAGGGUAUUGUAGAUCCCAUCCAAGAAAUGACGGAGCUGGUCUGUGUUGCAGGGCCCUGCAUGGUAAAUUACCACAUGUUCAGCAAUAGCCGCACAUAUUGUGAUGUCCCGUCCCACCCCCUCCUGGCUUGGCACAUCCACUGUGGCCCUCUGAAUUACAAUGAUCCAGCCAUGCUGCCUUACUUGUUUCAGUUCAAAUCUUGCCUCAUCUACGUACAUGAGACCCAUAGAAGUGUUGGAAAUUAAGGAGCGAUGUGUUGAAGUGCCAUCUGGUGGUGGGUUUAUGUGGAUUUGUUCUAUUCCAUUUAAAUGUUCCAGGGGCAUGGUUGCUAAUAAUUAUGGCAUGAAUCUUUGACUCUGAAAUAUUGGAUAUAAUUGAAUCACUGACUAUAUUCUCCUGUGAGAAUGAGUGGUGAGAAAAAUGAGCAUUUUUCAAGGCCGAAAUCUCUCGACUGUUUUAUCGUCUGCAGAUUGGAAGAUGCGUUUAUUUCUUGAGACAUCAGAUUUAUCUAUGGAUGGGUCGAGAAGUGUUGAAGUCGCCUCCUUUAAUAAUUGGACAAUUAGAAAUAUUUGAAAUGGAGCAAAAAAGAUUCUGAAAGUUGGUUGGGUCGUCAGCAUUUGAGCCGUAAACAUUAGCAGUCGUUAUUGGGCUAUUGUUGAUUUGGUAUAUUUAUAAUGAUAAAAUGUCCUUCAAAAUCUGUAACAGUCGUGUUAUGGACAAAGGAGAUGUUUUUAUUUAUUAAAAUGCAUACACCUCUGAGUUUUUGUCUUGUGAUGAGCUGAAAAGUGAUUUAUCAUUAUUUUAAUUUAUUACGGUCCGAUUCUGAUGGAUGUGUUCCUUGCCUAUAUCGGCUUGCAGUUUGGUCAAAUGAUUCAAAACGUUUACCCUUUUUGCCUGAGAACCUAUUCUACGUUAGAAAAUUAAGUGACGUUCUUAUAAAGAACUGUACACUGUGUGUGUGGUUAACUGCUGUGUAUUGGUGGUGCAGGUCACAUGAGGACUGGUAGAUGCAAAAAUGUGAGCAGAGAGAUCUGUACAAAGAAAAGUGCACAAAACAACAAAUGAGGCAAAAUACAGAUACCAACGUGAACAUGUUUUGUAUUGUACAAUGAGACCUUGGUGCAAUAAUUUGUCAACGUAGUGUGAUUGUGUUUGUAUUUACAUCCAUGCAGUUGUGAGAGACUGAGAAGGGUUUUGAAGAACCAGGCGGUUAUAUCCUUAUCACAGUAUAACUGUCCAUCCAUGUACAGUUUGUCCACAGUUUGUCUUCUGUCCAUCAGUUGUUUUCAGGUUGGUAGUAGUUGUUUCCAUCAUUGUAGCAUUGACGUCAAAUCUAGCAAGUUUACUUUCGAUGGAGAUUUGAAUAUCGCUUAGCUCUGUGCGGCAUGGUGGUUUUGAACAUGUAGCUGGUGGCGUACCGUACAUGGGCUCGAGAGUGAAUCUGGACGAGGUCUUUUGGGGUUUGAGGAAGAGAGCUGUUUUUGGGGUCAGCUUUUUUUGUCCUUAUUUGUAAUGCAGAGCUGGUUGAAAUGAAAUACUCGUUGAUAAAUUCUUCCAGGUGUUCCAGGUCGUCGUGAAAAGUUUGUUUUUUGGACAAAAAAAAAAACCAAUUAGUUGUUUAGGUAUGAAGUCUAGCAGUUGAGGGUCGCCAUGUCAAGUCUCACACCAGGUCUUGCAAGACUGGAAAUCUCAGCACCUUAGGCUGUGGUUGAUAACAUGGUCCAUAGUUGUUGCUCGUAUUUCAGUAGACGUCUUCCGGUACCUAUUCACUCCUCUCUCCCUCCGUCCCUGCCUCUUCCUUGUACUCUGUGUGCUCGUCUUCCUCUUGCCAGACCAUGCAUUUGGACACAAUGUUCUCUCAUAAAGCCUGGUUCUUUUAGUUGAGUGAAACCUGCUUCCUGCUCCGUUUUCAGCACCAUCAUGAACUGGGUGAAACCUGAACAUCUGGAUACGCUUGCGUGUAAUUACUAUAGUCCCAUAACCUUCACCUGUGAUACACGACUGAGAACAUGUUUCAACUGACCCUGUUCUGAGAGCAUGUGACUUUUACAUUUGUUUUCAAAUGAAGGGCAGUUUUACUCCUACCGCUGACUGUGUGACCGGCCUUGUGUUUCAUACAUAUUUGAAGGUUUAAAGUGAUUUGAUCGAAACCGCUAAUACAACGCAGGACGGAGUUAUGGUGUGAGAGAAGUCUGUAAUUCUGACUGACAAACGUACAAACUGUUCAUGUCCGAGUCAAAUGAGAAAUACAUCAACACUUUAGUAGCGAAAUGUGUGCGGAUACAAAAGCAAUUUGAACAAGCACGAUUAGGAAAUGCGAAUUUGUUUGGAGAAAUGCUGUACUGAUUUCACACCUACAUUAAGAGCGAGGAAAGGGACAUUUCUGGUGUGUAAAUUGCAUCAAAGCGAUCGAGGGAAAAACUGUAAGUGAUCGAAUUCAGGCUGUGGAUGCUUUGUUGUCCCAAAGAUCUUCCGUCAUUAUAUAAUCUGGGACCAUAGCAGUGUGUGUUUUGUUUGCAGUCACUUAAUGUUCUAUGUACUGUGCCUUUUUUUUUUUUUUUUUCUUCACCUGUGCUUAAUUGUUGUUGUUUCUUAUUCUAGUAAACUACCUGUAUUUAAGUUGUCUGACUACAGGAUGUCUAAGUAAACAGACUCUGCAGAGAAAUUUUGGUGUAAUGCCCAAAAACACUUUUGUCCAGAAAAUGUAUGUCCAUUAGGAUGCCAAAAUGUUUUUUCAUACUUUUAAAUAAAGGUUCAUGUUUAUGUUGGUAA